UCAUGACUAUUUCCAGCUGAAUGACGCACUGCCACUCUACAGGUGUAUAUUGGAAUUACGUAUGUAAGUAUUCUUAAGCAUUUACAGUUGCCGGUGUGUCUGCUAUUCAAGAUUGCAUCUAUAACCAAUAGAUUAUAGUAUCUAUCAAAUUUUAGAAUCUGGAAGGCUGAUUGAAGUUGAAUAUCUUUGAUUUGAAGACAAUAAUAUAUUUAACUUGAGAUAAAACCAGUGAAAAUUUAACCGAAGAAGACAUGUCAAAGAGUGAAGCUGAAAAGGAAAUAAUGGAUAAAAAAGAAGACAAGACAGAAGCAAGUGUUUCAACAGAGACAAAAACAAGUGAGUCGAAAGAGACAAAAAGUGACGUCGACACGGAAAAAGUAAAAAUGGAAAGAAAAGAAGUAGCAGCAACGACUGCAGCUCAAGAAGAACAAACUGAUAAAAGAGCAGAAGACACUGGAUCCAUUGAGGGCAGUGAACAUGACAGUGAUGAAGGGGAUAUAAAGGUGGUAUACAAAUUUCGUGACUUCAACCCAAAAAUGGUGCAAGCUUGGGAAAGAGUGUUCAGUGAUCACUGUGGUGAAGACGGUGGAGUUGAGGUGUCUGUUGGUGAUAUUUUCAAAGGAGCCCCAGCAGCUGAUGCUUUGGUGUCUCCUGCAAACAGCUUUGGCUUCAUGGAUGGAGGGAUUGACAUGGUGUACACCAGGCAUUUUGGCUGGCAGAUGCAGCAUAGACUUCAGGAUGUGAUCAGGAAGGAACAUGACGGUGAAUUAAUAGUGGGCAAGGCAGCAUUAAUCCCUGCCUAUGGUGAGGCUGCUGAUGCUGAGGCAGUCGAUGAAAUGUAUAACGAAGGUCAACCAAUCAAGUAUCUCAUCUCAGCCCCGACAAUGAGGAUACCGAUGGAGGUUGAUAACACACCUAAUGCCUACCUGGCUUUCCGAGCAGUCAUACUGGCAGUUCAAAAGCACAAUAGAAGGGAAGGGGUUGAGCCUAUCAGGAGUGUUCUAUGCCCAGGUCUGGGUACUGCUGUUGGAAUGAUGCCAUUUAUUCGAUGUGCAGAACAGAUGUUGGUUGCUUACGAGACUUAUGUUCUAGGCAGUCGUCCUGGAAGACUUGUACCUCGAAGUCUUUUCCAUAUGUUGAAUGAUCAUGAUGAGAUGUGCUAUAGCAAGGAACAUUUGAAUAGUUCGAGUGUAGUACGCACUGGUGUAUAGUGAGCAGGUGUUUUUUUUUUAAAUUUUAUUUCCAGAAAGAAAAAAAACAAACUGAAAAAAUAAAGAGAUUUUUUUACACUUAAUUAAGUUACACGAGAGCAGUAUAUUCUAUCAAAUGGCAUAUCAAAAUAACAUCUUUAUUUUAUCAAUGAUUAUUUAUUUAAAACUAUACAUGUAUUUGAAAUCCACAGCCACAGGUAAGCUUUGACAUAUUAACAUAGGUGGUGAUAGAAGUCUAUUCAGCUUGGAAAUAGGGGUAGAUGGGGUUCCGAGAUUAAGCAAAAAAAAAAAAAUCCUACCUUGUUUAACAUCUGGCUUGUGAUUUUCACAAGUUUGAUAUGCGUGACAAUUUUAACGUUACAAACUGGACAGAGCUACUCAGGCCUGAACAUGAAAUGAAAAUGAUGUUACAUGCACAGGUGAACUGCCAUUUUUUACUCUCAGUGUGCUGCAGCUGGUCACACAAAUUUUGUAUCAAUGAAGCAAACAUUACUAGUAUGACUGUCAAAAGGAAAACUUAGAAGUACAUAUGAUAAUCAAAUCUUUUUUCAACAGCUAGCUUGAGUUAUUUUAACAGAAUUUUGUUUGUUGUUUCUGAAAGAGAGUAGGGCAUUAGUAGUACAUGUAGUAGAAGCAGUAGCACUUGUAGUAGAACCAGCUUACACUGUAUCAUUCUGAUCUAUCACAGUUACUUCCCUUUGUUUCACUUUGUAAGUACAGAUGACAGAUCAGACACUGUGAUAUUAGGGGAGACACUUGCUUAUAUAAAUGGCCAAGCUCUACUUUUAUGAGGUCAUACUUAACAUCAGUAGUUCUAGCUUGUGGUACCAUGCCGUAUACAUCAAUUAGUCGGAUGCAUUCUUGUGUCGGAGAUGUCUCGUAGUGUUCUUAAAGGCUGAUGAUCGAACGACACCAGGAUGUUGGUAUUCAGGUCCACUACUUCCAUGUGCUGGUCGGUGCCAGUUGAUGGUGGUCAGUUCAAUGCCAGGGGUGUCUGUCCUCUUUUGAGUGGUUGAACACCAGGACCUUACCUUCUGUUGCACUUUGGGUUGUACCAGUCUUGUUUUGCAAAGUUCCCUUUCAGAUUUAGCAUCACUUGGAUGGACAGAUGCAGACAGUAAUAAUAUAUCCAUCAAAAUUCAAUUGCUGUAUCGAAAACUAAAAAUACUUGUCCGAAUACUAAAUGGUGCCGUAUGUUUUUGGCAGACAAUAGAUAUAAAUUUUUGUCAGGUAUAUUAUACACGAUAGAAGAAAGGUGCGAUAAAACUAGGGAUGUACUAUUAUCUUGUUAAAAGAUAAUUUCAACUUUUAAAAACUGCAGCUGGAAUGGUUUCCCUUCUUACCGAGGAGCUUUUAGUUUGCAAUGACAAUAAUGGCACCUGCAGUCAUGAUUGGGUAGUCAACAAAAAUCAAAGACCAGCUACAUGAAAAAUAUACAACUUUAAUAAAGUUAUAAAACUAGCGAUCAGUCGGUCUACAUGGCCUUCAAAUGGCUUGUAUUGGUGUGUGUUCAGUCAAUUUUUCACAUCGUAUUUUUUUUUUAUAAAAAGUGCAUUAUAUACUGUAUUAGAAUAUUUGUGUUAAGUGUGGUAGCAUUAUCUGUUAACUCCACAUGAAUGUAUACAAAAUGUAUAUCAAACUCGCAUCAUUAAAUCUAUAACAUGAAGACAAGAGUAUUACGCAAAAAAAAAUCAUCAAAAAUUGCCAUAGUAUUAAACUGAUGAAUAGUGUAUAAGCCUAUACUAGGCAUACAGGAAGAAUUAAUAUCACUUUUAGGUCUAAAAAGGCCAUAUUUGUAAUCCUACUUAAAAGUGCUAUACUUACUUUAUAUAUUCAAAACAACUUGAUUUAUUCAAUUGUAUUCUAUAUUCCGUAUCACCAGACACCUUAAUAGAAUUAUGUUGAAGUCUCAAAUAUUUCUGAAUUACCCAUUUAUGCAUUUCUUUAUUAAAAUUGAAGUAUUAUCAGAGUAUGUAUAUACAAUGUAUCAGUUAAGUUGCAAACCAAGCGAGUUAUCCAGACAAAUAUGAGCCUCUUAUUAACACAGAUACAAUCUAAAACAAUUGAGCUACUAAAUACAUUUGUUUUAGUUUAUAUGAAGAUGUCAUUUCACUGCCAUCGAUAUAAAAGUUCAAUACUGGUUAGUACAGAAUUUAUGUUGUUGCCAUGUAAUUUUCUAUUGUAUCUACCCAUCCAUAAGCCCAUUCCUGAUCAUAACCACACUCUGGUCUUUUGCAAUUCAGCAAAAAUGUUGUCAAGCACACUCCCAACUUUGUAUAAAAGUUUAACAGGAUUUUGUGUAUAGCUACAAUAAACAUCUCUACUUGUCGAUUUAAGCAAGUUAGUAUAUGGAAAGGAACAAUUUUUAUAAACUGUGAUGUCCCAAUUUUUUGUUAGAUUAUCUAUAUGUAUUACCUUUACAUUUUCUACUUAUUAAAUUUGUUGAUCGAUA